AAAGAACCCCACAAAAAAAAAGAAGAAAAAAAACGUUUCUUUUUAUCUUCUCUGAUCUCUCUCCUCAGAUCUACUCUCAAAACAGAUCUCGUUCCUACACUUUCCCGGAAAAUCUAAAAAAGAAAAGAUGUCGCACGCCGACACGAUACCCCUCCACCAGUCCUCCCAGUCGGACAUCGACGAGAUCGAGAAUCUGAUCAACGCCAGCGUCCAAUCGGGCCCCGCCACGGUCCUCCCGGCCCGGCCGCCCAGCCCGCCACGCGCCUCCAUCCCCGUGGUCUCCUCCUCCCCCUCGCCAUUCAUACAGUCGCAUCUGCCUCCUCCUUCUGCUCCUCCGCCGCCGCCACCACCCUCCUCCUCCACCUCCAGCCAGAAGGUGCCAUCCGUGAGCAUCGGGGUGACCGGGUUCGGGCCUGCCGCGAACACGCUGACGGAACCGGUCUGGGACACGGUGAAGCGGGAUCUGGCGAGGAUCGUGAGCAAUCUGAAGCUGGUGGUGUUCCCCAACCCCUACAGAGAAGACCCUGGCAAGGCUCUCCGCGAUUGGGAUCUCUGGGGCCCCUUUUUCUUCAUUGUCUUCUUAGGCCUCGCUCUCUCCUGGUCUGCCUCCGUCAAGAAGUCUGAGGUUUUUGCUGUUGCAUUUGCGCUACUUGCUGCUGGUGCUGUGAUUCUGACCUUGAAUGUACUGCUGCUGGGGGGACAUAUAAUCUUCUUUCAAAGUCUGAGUUUGCUUGGUUAUUGCUUGUUCCCUCUGGACGUUGGAGCCAUAAUCUGUAUGUUGAAGGACAAUGUGAUAUUGAAAGUGAUUGUUGUAUGUGUGACGCUGGCGUGGAGCUCCUGGGCCGCAUAUCCUUUCAUGAGUUCAGCAGUCAACCCAAGGAGAAAAGCCCUUGCGCUCUAUCCUGUUUUUCUCAUGUAUGUAUCUGUUGGUUUUCUCAUAAUUGCCAUUGAUUAAAUACACCAGCAGUGCCCAUUAUAGAGAUUCCAAUGAGAGAGCAUCAUAAAGCAUUUUCUGUUACAUAGAAAUUUCAUGUAAUGAUUAAUUUUCGUCUCAUGUUACUGUAUUUUUUGAUGUCUGCGUUGAUACUUCUGGAGACAAUUCUGCCUAUAUGCUAGUUGUAUGAAGCAGUCUACUACACGCUGCUUUAUCCUCAAUCUGAUAUGUAUAUUGAUUAAAAGAUAAAAUAGUAUUUACACUUA